AAUCGAUACAAAAGUAAUUAAAUUUUUAAAAAGAAGUGCAUCAAACGUUAAACAAAAACUCAAGUUUCAGUUUUAACAAAAAAAAAAAUAAAUAAAUAAAUAAAAUAAAGUUUGCUAAACUACUCAAGCACAAAACUCCACUCGUUAUGGCAGCGAACUUUAACAAAAAUCGAGAAAUAACAAGAAACUUUAACAUCCUGAAGGCGGCGGCUGUAAUAACUAAAAAACUCUGAACUCUGAAUUAAAAUUAAACCAAAGUUAACAACUCAAAGUGAACCUUCCUGAAACUCUAAUUGUGCAAAAUAUCUGCUUCAUAUGCCUAAAGCUUAGUACAUAAAGACUCUAGAAUUCGUCGAGCGCAACAAACACAAACCAAAAACUAUUUCCACUUCCGCUUCACAAUUUGGCGACUCAGACAAGUUGGCCAGAAACGCUAUUUACUUUGGCUCGAACGAAAAUUAAAAAAAAUCAUAUUAUAUAUAUAUUUUUUUCAUAUAUAUUCAUCAUAUAAUACUGAACUAAACUGCAACGACGCGCUUUACUACACAAAACUUUGCCGGUAAAAAUUUUAUUUAAAAAUUUUAUUUUCAUUUUGGUUGUUUAACUGGUUAAAAUGCCCCGCUGUUUAAUGGCGAAAAAAUGGAAGGCAUAUCCUUGGCCCGAUCGCACUGACGACACAACAACAAACAGCAAUCACUCACAAGAUCAACAGCAGCAGCAACAGCAACAGCAACCGGAUAUAAGCAUACAAAUUGUCAAUAAACGUGAACCGCACUCUCCAACUCCAACUCCAACGAUACAGACAGCCGGAGUGCUGGCCACAACCAAAUCACGUCGCUCCACAAUUGAUGACGACGAAGAGAUUGACGUUGUCGGUGACAAUGCUGUGGUAACAACAGCGACAACUGCUGCCACAACCGUUAUCAUCAACGUUAACAGCAACAAAACAGAACAGCAGCGCACAGCCACCACUAACGGCACAACUCCUGCUGCUACGUGCUGGGGUCCAUCGUCACCAACUGCUGGUGCCACAGCGCCAAGUCCACCGCCACACUCACCAGAGGCGGCAACGCGCGGUUCAACUACUUUAUAUAACGGCUAUGGUCAUGACGUUUCGCCUAUGCACUUCACUGCGUACCUGCCCAGAAUGGAAAGCGAAGUAACCGUAAUUACCAGCACAUCCGCCAGUGCGCCGCCACAAAUUCUAACACAUCCGCAUCAGUAUUCUUACCAGACGCCGCCACCAUCGGCAACAUCCUCACCUUCAGCUUCACCAGCGAGCCGCUCCAGUCAUUCGUGCGACCGUCUUAGUCCGCCCAUGAUACGCAUCAAAACUGAAGCCAAUGCCGACGAUGCCCUACAACAGCUUAGCCCUGAGUCGAGCACACAGCGCAAGUCUUUAGCCAUGUGCUAUACAAGCACAGGCGCAGCACUAUCGCUGCCUCCUAAGAAGAAGGACAUAUAUCGACCCUAUUCGUUAGACGAUAGACCAAGCACAGAACGUUUACGCACAUAUGAAGGUUUACGCAUACCAGCAGAAGAAGAUUUACAUGCCGCACACGCUAUACUUGACCUGAGCGCUUCAACCGCAUUCCAUCCGCCUACGCAGCCACAUCAGCUACAACAACAACAACAUCAUCAGUUACACCAUCCAAUGCAACAUAUAACACAUGCCAUCCAACAUCAAACACAUGAUAACAGUUUUCAGCACAGUGCGCCAUCUAUAGCUGAUUUAGCUGCUGCAGCCAGUGCUGCUAACGAACAUCGUCCGAAAAGUACAGCUUCUUUGCACAGCCAACAAAAUGCAAGCAUCUUAGAACGUCAAAGGCAAGCCAGUCCUACUGCCGGAAGUGUACAAAAUGAGAACAGCAAUACCACUAAUCAGCUGCGCUCUAAUAUACCAGGUGGUGUACCUUUAUCGAAUGCUGGUUCCAAUGCAAAUGGCACUAAAACCGUUGCCUACACCUAUGAGGCUUUCUUUGUUAGCGAUGGUCGUUCAAAACGCAAGAAUGUAGCAGAUCCCGCUACUGUGGUACAACAAGAUCAACAAAAAGCUAAAUAUACGUGCACUGAAUGCGGCAAGCAGUAUGCUACAUCCAGUAAUUUAUCACGACACAAGCAGACCCAUCGAUCACUUGAUUCGCAGUCUGCUAAAAAGUGUCAUACUUGCGGUAAGGCAUACGUGUCCAUGCCCGCUCUCGCUAUGCAUGUCCUGACACACAAACUAUCACACAGUUGUGGUGUCUGCGGUAAGCUCUUCUCGCGUCCUUGGUUGCUGCAAGGUCAUUUGCGCUCUCACACCGGUGAAAAGCCUUAUGGAUGUGCACACUGUGGCAAGGCAUUUGCUGAUCGCUCCAACCUCCGCGCACACAUGCAAACACACUCCAUUGAUAAAAAUUUCGAAUGCAAACGUUGCCACAAGACCUUCGCACUCAAAUCGUAUCUGAACAAACAUUUGGAAUCGGCUUGUCUGAAGGAUGAGGCCGACAUGCAGUUCGACAGCACCAGUGAUAGCAGUGAUAUGCUGUCUCCAAUACCGAGUGACGAAUAUCAACGUCUCUAUGCUGCAUCACCUUCACCUGUAACUAACAAAAAGGCUGGUUCAUUAACAACAGCACAGGCCGUAGUCAAGAUGGAGGCAACCUAUGCUGGUUAAAAAGCAACAGAGCUGCAUUUGCCACAAACGAGUAACGAGUAACUAACUUUACUUUGCAAGUUAAUUAAUAGUAAGUAAACUAUAAAAAAAAAAUUGAUAUGUAAAUAUGUGUUACGGUUUUGUUGCCACUACCAGUGAAGAUCAAGCGCACAGACCAUGGCUGUUAUCUGCGAAUAUAAUUUCGCCAUUAGACGCUGAAAGCCAAUGAGUCUGGGUAUAUGUGCAAUGACAAUACUUCUCAUUUUGUGGAUCCAAGCCACAAAUUUUGCAUAUA